AUGGCAGGUCGCCACACCGGUGGUCGGCGGAGAUCGUCCACCCACCAGCGACACGGAGACGAGGAUGGGACAGCGCCGCUUCUGCUCAGUCGCACGAGAUCAUUAGAGGACAUCAGUGUGGCCGAAAGCGUCGCUGUGCAAGAAAUCGCACCUGAAGAUGAUGACGGACCAGAAGCACCAGCGGGCCGUUGGCCUCGUUCAGUGCCGUAUCUCUUACUGCUCUGUGCCUUCCUGACCAGCCUGAGCUUCGGUGUAACACAAGUGCCGCUACUCUACGUCUUCAGGCUGAUGACUUGCGACGCUUACUACAAAGACCAUCCUUCCCGUGUGUUGGAAGAUGCACAAUAUUCCGAGUCAAAGACGAUAACGUCAAUCUUUUGGCGGGCGCUCGUGGCGUUGUCUCCGGUAUCAACGUUCGAAGCUCCAGGCACGCCUGACCGAUGUUCCAUACGUCCGAUUGAAAGCUCGACCGCCAUGUCCGUGUCUCUCCUCGGCGCAAGCACCACAGUCUUUGGCACGGCCAACCUCUUCCUGACCGGCACUCUGAUCAAACGCAUUGGGGUGAAGCCAACGUUGAUGACGCAGAUUCUGUUCCCUGCCGUAAGACUUGUGGUUCAGAAUGUGGGCGUCGAGGUUUGGGGCAGCACGGGCAUCAUCAUCAUUCAGCUCUCGCAGAUCUUCACUGUCAUCGGCGGUCCGAGCGGCUACUUGCUGGCACUCAACACCUUCAUCACCGAGGUCGUCGACUACGAGGAGCGUACGGCAGCUCUAGGUAGACUCACUGGAAGCAUGUUCUUUGGAUCUGCUAUGGGGUUUCUCUUGGGCGGUAUCGCGGGUGAGAGCUUCGGGAUCAAAGCUCCCUUCCGCUUGACACUCGUGCUAUUCUUACUGGUGUGUGUCUACGUCUUCAUCUUCUUGCCGCAUAUCCCACCUGCCGAGAAAAUCGAGGAUGACGCAGACUCGAUGAAGGCAAAGAAGGGCACUUCGGCCAUCGGCAAGUUCUUCGGCCCAUUGACUGUAUUUGCUCCGCGCAAAUUCAUCACCAGAGACGGUGUCGUCAGGAGAGAAUACGGGGCCUUUUUACUUGCAUGGGGAGUGUAUCUCGGGAUCUUGGCCACGGGAUACCUGGUGACCUUGCUACAGCUCUAUGCGACGAACGUCUUCGAGUUCGGGACCAAGCAAAACGGCGCACUGAUUUUCAUGUACUCGAUGCUGAGGGGCGUCUUCUUGACUUUUGCCUUCCCCAAGCUGAUCGCCAUUGGAAGGAGGGUGACCAGCAAGCGGGAGAAGCGCGAGGCCCCAACACCGCCAGAACGCGAACCCCUACUCUCGGCGUCUGAAAACAGCUCCCUUAGCAGCAAUAACAAAGACGAGGGGCCCCCACAAGAGCGGACAUUUGCCUUCGAUCUUACAUACACGAAGUUCUCGCUCAUCGCCGACGGGCUCCUGACUCUGCUCUGCUCCUUCGUCCGUCAAGGCUGGCAGAUGUAUCUUGUUGCUGCGGUUCUGCCCUUUGCGGCCGGCACUGGUUCGGCGGCAAAAGGGACUGUUCUGCAGAUGGUCGGCAGCCACGCAACCAGCAGUGAGAGGACAGACGCGCUAGCAGGAGUUUCUCUGGUUGAGAACAUCGCCCGACUUUCUACCACGUCUAUUUUUGGCAUCAUCUUUGCAGCAUUUGCGAGCAUUGGCAGGACAGAGCUCGUGUUCGCCUGCAACGCCGCCGUCGCCUUGAUAGGCUUUGUGGUUCUGCUGUUUGCUCGAUUUCCACCAGAAGGUAGUCGUCGACUUGAUCAAAAGGACACAUCUACGCCGGCAUCUUAA